ACAAGCGUACUCAACUCACUCAAAGCCCGCGAGGCCCGUGGCGCGGAGCAAGGCGGAGCAGUGCAGCACCGCGGAGAGGAGCGCUUCUCGUCGCGUCGUGAACACCGGCCGACACGCCCAUCCGAGUGUUGUUGGUGUUUGAGUGCGUGCGCGCGUGUGCUUAAGAUCGCGAGUGACUACAGUGACACGGAGUGCUCAGUGCGACAGUGACAGCACGACAGCGAAAGUGAUAAGAAAGGGAAAAGUGAUAACGAUGUGGUGGUGCAGCAACAGUGUCGUGGCAACGCGCAGCCUCCCCCUGUGAGCCCUCCCCCACCCGCCCCCUGGGGGUGGCGCCAGCCCCCGCCCCCGCCUCCAGUACGACUAUGGCGCCAGUGAGGACAACCAGAAGUGACCUCCGCCACCCUCCCGACACGUGCGUGAGUGAUAGUGAGUGACAGUGAGAAGUGACCAGUGCAGUGCCCCAACACACAGCGCGUCGUCAAGGCCUAUUUGGAUUACCACCACCAUCACCUGCUCCAGCAUCACCUUUACCCCCGCUGCAGCUCCACCUCGCCACCACGACAGCUGACUUUGUGAUCUCGGCGAUGCGGCUGGCCCACGAUGGGUCCCACCCGGGGCUGCUGGCGGCCGAGGCCGCGUCGUGGUGGGGCGCCGAGCGGCACGCCGACGUGCACCUGGUGGUGGCCGGGGGCGUGGCGCUGCCCGCGCACCGCUGCCUGCUCGCGGCCGCCUCCCGCCUCGCGCGCCGCCUCCUCGCCGACCUGCCGCCGCACGCCGCCCCCAUCAACGUCCACCUCCCGGAGGUGGGCGCCAACGAGAUGCGGCUGCUGCUACAGCUGCUGUAUACGGGCAACGCCACGGUGCAGCCCGAGGAGGUCGACAGCUUCCAGUCCCUGAUGCGGCUGCUGGAGGUGCCGCCGGCAGUGUGGCAGAGCGAGGCGUGGGCCUCCAAGUCCCCCCUGGGCCUCGACGAGCGGCCCGACCUCCACGACCUGCGGCCGGAGCUCCGCGACCACCUCAAGCAGGCGCAGAGUCCGGCAUCCCACGCCGACGAGGACCUCGGCGGCGAUCUCAACAUCGACGUUGUCGGUUGCGACGGCGACGAUGAGCCCGAGCCCCUCCAGAGGCGGCGGAGCCCGUCGCCACCCCCGCUCUCCCCCGAGGAGCCCGUCGCCCGCGCCUCGCCCGCCCCCGCCGCCCCCCAGCGGGAGCAGGUCAUCGUGGCGCCCGCCCAACGGCGGAGGCGGCGCAGGUCGUCGCAGUGCCCCGUCAACCUCUCCGCCCGGGGGCACGACGAGGACCGGGACCAGGAUCGCGAUCAAGAGAACGACCUGGACUCGGACCCCGAGGCGGAGCACCCGCGUGUGGGUGCCGCGGCCAACGACGUCCAGGACAGGCUCCAGGACGACAGGGAUCCCAGGGACUCGCCGCUCGAGCUGACCCAGCCGAGACCAUCGUCGCACCCACCGCCACUGGGGCCGCCGCUGGGGCCGCCGCCGCUGGGGCCCCACCUCAGCCCGCAGCCACCGCACCCGCCGCCGCCGCACCACACCCCGCAGCACCCCCUGCACCACCCCGCCCACCUCGCGCACCCGGGCCUGCCGCUGCGCGCCAAGAGAAAGACGCUGCACCACGAUGACCUCAUCCGCAGGUCGCCCGUCAACCUGCACGCCGAGCACCUCGGGGACGACUUCCUGGGCGGGCAGAAGGCCGACGCCGAGGGGCUGAUGCUGUCGCUGGCCCGCAACUCGCCGCCGGAGAACUACGUGGUGACACCCCACCGCAAGCGGCGCCCGGGCUUCCAGAACUCACCCGCGCAGAACCCGCCGUUCGUGCCGCUCACCCUGUCCAGCCUGUGCCCGCCGGCCGGGUACGGGCUGGAGGACGUGCUGUCGCUGUCCCUGGCGCGGCAGCAGCGCGCCGCGCACCCCAGCCACCUGCCGCCCCAGCCGCACCCCCCGCACCACCCGUUGGGCCUCUCCGUCCUCAGCCUGCCCCCGCGGCCGCCCAUGGCCGCCUCCUCGCCGCCGCCCCUCGUGGCCGACAGGUCCAUGACGCCGCCGGGCGGCCACCACGUCCUCGCCGACGUCAAGUUCCGCCCGCCCUCCGUCGACGACAGGCUGGCCCUGGAGCGGCUCGAGCGGCUAGAGGGCCACCCGGCGCUGGAGAGGCUCGCCCACCACCCGCACCUCGGCGUGCACCACCCGGCCCACCACCAGCCCGCCGCCCACCAGCCACCCGCGCACGCCUUUCCCUUCGGGGGCCCCCCGCCCGCGGCGGACCGGCCCUGGGGCCCCUGGGGGCAGCUGGCACCGCACCCACCUCGGCCGCACACGCCCGAAGGAAACGGCUUCGCCGCGCCCAACAACCACCUGAUCCCCGAGGAUGAGCGCUCGGACCGCAGCGGCAGCCUGAGCCUGGGCGAGAGGGACCGCGACGGACGGCGGAGCCCGGCCCGCAGUCCUCAGCAGAGCCCCCGCCGCAGCCCCAGCCCCAGCCCCGACGGCACCCCCGCCCCCAGGGACGGGGAGGGCGCCCUGUCCGAGGCGACCGAAGCCACCGACGGCGCCACCCGCGAGAGCUCGGGGAAGACCACGUCGACGAGGGAGUACCGGUGUCAGUACUGCGGCAAGCAGUUCGGCAUGAGCUGGAACCUCAAGACGCACCUCCGCGUGCAUACGGGCGAGAAGCCCUUCGCAUGCAGGUUGUGCGUCGCCAUGUUCAAGCAGAAGGCCCACCUCCUCAAGCACCUGUGCUCGGUGCACCGCAACGUGAUCGCGGGCGGCGACAGCAGAGGGCGAGGCGACGACGACGCCUCCCGAUUCAACUGCUGCUUCUGCCACAUGUCCUUUGAAUCCUUACAAGAACUCAUACGACAUUUGUCUGGGCCUCAUAACUCCCUGCUACUUAGCAAAAAUUUGCAUGAGUGAUGAUGAAUCUGAUAAAACAGUGAGUAUGGGGAUCUACAUAAUUAAGUAUAUAAAAAAAGAAACUCACUAGUGAUGAUGUGCUUGAGGAAGCUUUCACCGUCCAUUUGAAAAAAAUGAUGUUUUUCAUUAUUUUCUGUGCUCAUUCUCAGCCUUCCAUGUAUUUUAACUUAAUAUUAAGCAUAGUCAAACGUCACACACUGCAAGAUAGAAAUGACUGAUGGUUUCAUGUCAUCCCAUCCGAAUCUUCUCGCACUAACAAAACAGAGGGCACUGUGUUAAUUUUCAUUCCGAAUUUCCCAAACCUUGUAUUUUUAGAUUUAUUUCCUCUAUUUUAAAGAAUUACUAAUUGAACCUGACAACAGCACAUUCCUACACUUCACUGCCUCAUACCUGUAAUAUUAUAAAAAUUUUAAGUGGUCAUAAUUUCUGUGAUUAAUUCAGUUUCUGAAUAUGAAAGUUUGAUUUUAGUUUUGUUUUGGACCAACCUAAUGAUGAUUCAUUUAUAUUUAUAGUUCAAUUAUUAUGUUCAAUAAUAUCUUGAUCUCUUUCUCAAUGAUACAUGGUGUGAAACAAGUUUGACCUCUAUGCAAAAAUGAGGUAUAUUUACUUAAUAGCUUUGAAAUUUCUUGAAAUAUUUUGAAGAUAGAGAUGACAAUUUCUGAAUUUUGAAACAAUAACACAAAUGGCUAUAAAUGACAAAGGAAUAAAAGCAGACACUUGUACUAUAGACCAGUUGAGCUGUUGUGAAAGUGACAACUGAAGUUUAAGAAAAUAGAGGAGCUGUAAGGAAUCAUGGAAGUCUCACAAAGUUCGUUGAAUCAUUUGUUCCCUCAACGUGUUUCCACUUUCAUAGCUGCUCAAUUAGUGUACAGUAUGAUAAUUCAUACUAUGUUUUUAUAUGCAAGCAUAGGUAGAGAAUGAGCUUUCUGUAUACUGUACAUUGAAGAUAUUUUGUAAUUUAGUAAUGCAGAAAUGCUUUUGUGAUAUUGAUGUUGAUAAACUGCCUGGAGUAUUAAUAAGUGAGAUAACUGUAUUAAAACUUUGUUAGCAACAACAACGAAGUGAAAAUACGCACAGCGGCAAAAGUUCUUGUAGCAAACAAUAGCUUAGCUACAAAAGGUAAUUAUGGAAGGGGAAAAAUUCAAAUAUUGAUUGAGGUGUUCUGAGUUUGGAGAGUUGGCUUUGAAGAUAGAAAAAAGAAAAAAAAGCCCAGCUACAGAGUCAGGCCAUGUGUGAUAUGCCGUAUUAUUGUGAUUUUGUAUAUUUUGUUUGUAAAAAAAAAAACUAGUUUAAUAUGCUAAUUCUGUUGGAAUCUACCAGUGAAUUUUAAUUGUAGUAGGCAAACCUGUUCAGUGUAAAAUUUGUUUAGGAUACUAUACCUGUACAGUUUAGAAUAAUAUUACUACCCCUCACAUCCUAACAUACCUGGAACAAACAGAAAUGUGUAUGGAAAUGAGUAAGCCUUGCUGUUUUUCAGUAAGACCUCUCCUAAAGUGCUUUAAAUUAAUUCAUAAUAUUUUGGUUUAACCAUACUCUACUCAUCAACUGACUGACUAAAUUUGGCAGCUGAUAUCUAUCAAAUGCUGUCCUUGACAUAUAACAAAUAGUAUCAGUUAGUUGAAUGAACAAAAGUACCUUGUUUAUAUAAGCUUUUAUCUAGGGACCAAGCUGGUUUGAUUGAACAAUUUACUGAUGAGGGGUGCAUAGUACCUGAAACAUUUCUAGUUUUUAUGAUAGAUUCUGAUGAAAAUAAAUAGAAACUUGAUAAACCCUGUU